CUUUGGCACCAUGGACAUGGACUGCUGACAAGCCGCUCACUGAUAUGAUUUAUGAUACGACUAUUGUUUUUGGGAGAGCCAUUCGAAUACUAAAUAUGAUGGCGGCGCGGUAGUUCAGAGCCAGUUUACAGGCGGACAAAAGCUACCACGGCCAAGUGGAUCCUAGGCGCCAACUAGUAGUGAUGCCCAUGCUUUCCUAUAGCCACAAGGCUCUGACAACCACCCCAUAUUCGCAAACUUCCUCGCCUCACCCUCAAGGCUAGCUUUCUAUGCCACGCCCAAAGAAACCUGGGGCGCCAGAGCCCAAGAAGCGCAGCAGAAAUGGUUGCUGGCCCUGCAAAGCUCGAAAAGUUAAGUGCGACGAGGCGCACCCGACAUGUCUCAGUUGCCAGCGACAGAAUGAGGUGUGCGACUAUAGCGUGCGGUUGAACUGGGAUGGGAGAGGGAAGAGGAAGGCUGAGACGACAGGCGGGAGACAGACGAUUUUCCAUGUCAAUACACUCUCUGCUGAUUUUGACGUCUCUCCGAAAGAGGCCGUAAAAGUCGAAGCGUCCAUCUCUCCGCUGAGCGGAACAUAUUAUGGCACACGACCAUCAAGCCGAGAGCAUGUUGCAGACCAGGUACCGACUCAUACCGACUCAUACCGCCGCACUGAGAAGGCUUCGAAUACUACCGUCCCAAAGCUGGCAACAUGGGGUAUGGAACCGCCAAGUUUGGACUCUAUCAAGGAGCCACCCACAGACAUCAUAUCCAUAGAUCCCGUAUUAACGGGUCAGGAUGCUCAGCAACCUUGCGCAUCUCCGCCAUUUCAAUACGGGUCUCUGAACUCGUUAUAUACCCAACCAUUCGAGCAGAGCUAUGAGAGAUAUCGUGAUGAGCAUGGCAUAAAAUCACCUUCGGAAUCAGGUAUGGAAAGUCCAACGGGCAGCUCAUUUGUGGAUUUUGCAGGCGAUACACGGUCCUCGAAACGGAUCCGCUAUGGGCCAUCCAGUAGUGAAAUCCACUCUCGGUUCACAGAGAUGGCACUUCCCAUCCCUUCGUCGUCUCGUUAUAAUACCGGAAUUCAUUUUAGCCAGCCCUUCGCGCCAAUGUCAACAUCGUCUCAAAGUGACGAUGGGCAGCGAAGCCUCUCCGUUAAGCUUGCGCCACUCACAUCCAAUGGUAGUCAUCUGUCCGAAUGGCGAAGACUUUCCAUUGACUCUCUGCUCUCUGGUCCCCCUGGGAUGUCAAAUGCCAUGGGCACUGCUGGCUCCACUAGCAGAGAGCAAACGCCUCUUCCAUAUGGAGAUCCGCGUGAUGACAUUAUUACUUUGGGAGUUGACAAAGGGCUCAGAGAUUUGGAUAUUGGAAAGAACGAUGAUGCAAAUGCCAUCUCGAAAGAAUAUAGCAAUCUUGAUUUUAGUUUUGGCCAGCAAACGAAAGUGGCUGCCUUCGAAAAGGGCGGUUACUAUGAAAGUCCGGUCUGGGUCAAAAUUCCUCGAUCAUUCCACCCUUUGCCGCCGAUACUACAAGAGAACCCAAUGAAUGUCCUUUAUUUCCACCAUUUUAUUUCACAUACUGCGACACUUCUCGUUCCUCACCAUUGUAGCUCAAAUCCAUUCCAAAAGAUUUUGCCACAAAUGGCACUGCAGUGCAGUCAUUUGAUGAAGUUGGUGCUGGCAUACUCUGCAUCUCACCGGGCUCGGCUCCUGAACCACCGAGAACCAAUAACAAGAAUUUCUCUAUGGGUCCAGGGGUUCUUUUCGUAUCUCCGCGACGCCAUCGACGAUCCUAAGAAAAUCGUUACUGACUCAUGUCUUGCGGGGGCCAUAAUGUUGGCCUCUCUCGAGAUCAUAUGCCCCAAGGCCUUCGGGGUCGAAAUUCCGUGGCAGCAACAUCUAACUGUAGCAAGGCAGCUGAUUGUUGCUCGAGGAGAAGCGAACCCCAACAGUGAAAUUUCAGCUACCUUUGGCUUUCUAUUAAGGUGGUUUGCCUACCUCGGCGUUCUGGGUAGGCUUACUGGUGGACAUAAAAACUUCCUGUCCAUAACAGAGGGUCUGGUAGCUUAUGACAGUGAAGGAGAGCAUGGUCUUCAGAUCGUCUGUCUUCUUGGUUUUACAAGCCGAUGCGCAUCCAUUUUAUCCAAGAUUGCAGAUCUUGCUGCACUGUGUGCUCCUAGGCGCUUCGACGAUACCUGCAAUGAACGGCUCGGGUGGCAACCAGCAGACGAUGUCAGACAACAAGCCGAACAGCUACUCGAAGAUCUCGAACAUGCAAGGACUAGCUCUUUAAUUCAGCAUUGUCCGCAUCUACACUCGUCAGAAGAAGAGACAUAUCAGUGGGAUAGCCGCGAAAUGGCUGCCACAAAUGAAGCAUAUCACUGGGCUGGUCUUAUUCAUUUGCACCGUCGGGUUUUGGGCAAGCCAUCGACCGACAAAGAUGUCCAAACCGCAGUGCGGGAGAUUGUUAGCCUUCUUCACAGGGUAAGAAAGGCGUCUGCAGCAGAAGCAUGCCUACUUUUCCCCAUGUUUAGUGCUGGGUGCGAUGCACAGGAUGCGGAGGAACGGAGCUUUAUAAUGGAGAGGAUGAGAAAUGUCGAAGGCAUUGGGAUGAGCCAGGUUAGAAAGGCACGGAACCUGAUCCAAAACGUUUGGGAUACUGGCAAGCCCUGGGAAAUGCUUGCAAGUGGCGAAUUUGUAGGCUGAAGCCUUCAGGGAUGUUGUACGACAACCGCAACCCGUCUAGAACAGACUUUAGUAUAAGGCAAAAAGCCUACAAAGUAAGUCGCUUUUUUAGAUGGACAUCGUUCCAUUGCGGGUCGGACGAGGGAAGCACGCAUUUUCUGUUAAUAUGGCACAAACUACUACAAGUGUCCAAGAGAAAAUAAUCACUUGAAUCCGCUAGUGCUGGGCAUCACGUUAAAAGGCACCAAUAUGUCCAGAACUCAAUACUGUCAUCAGGCAGGCAGACAUAAGAAAGAUGGCUUAUUUGCGAGCAAUCGUGGAUGAGCCGUCCGGACGAUGGGGGCGCGUCGAAACGCAUAGAGCCGAUCUCUCGAUAGCCGGCUGUUGAGAAAUUGUGCGCUGACUUCUUACCACCACCUGAACGCUGCCGCGCGGUUUCAUGGCGUGAGGUUCGUCAUUCAGCUAUGCCGCGAUGCGCUUUAAACCUGUCGGUACCAACCGAACGGGGUCCUUUGUGAAGGAGAAGCGCGAUAUGGAGUGUUGCUUGAUGCGAUAUACUGCAUAUAGUAAUGCUCCGCUCCGAAGCCACCAUCUCGGACUCGGCCGAGGAGGACCCAUCAGUAUUUCGUUGGCUAUCUCUGCGUGGCAUUUAUGCACACACGCUACUAUAUCGAUAUGCUUCAACGUUUGGUUUGGAAUGCGCAUGUUGUAUGCGUUGGUAGUUGGGCUGGUCGCGUCUCCCACGGGUAUUUAUUACUCUGGUGCUACCACUGCUGAUCACCCUGCUUGGCACAUGGGUUUCUGGAUAAGUCAAUUUAGGGUUUCUGGGUUCGAUAUAGAGAGUGUGGGCCUCAUCCUGGGAUAUCUUGGUCUUGGAUAUUGUAGUGGCGCUGGUGUUCCGUCCUGUACCUGCCAUCCAUAGUAGACGGGGCCUACAUCAUUAAGGCGGAGAGAUAGCAAACCUUGCCAAGUAAUUCGGGGGUGGUGGCUCGCAUUCAUAGAUCUAUAAACUUGGUCCUUCCCAUUUAAUAUAUUUUCUUCAGAUAUCGAUGUGCAUUUGAUGUGGUUAUGUUACCUUUGUGUGUUUUGACAAGGUCAUGAAUAAGAAUAUGAGCCUUGGAGGCCACUAGCCGGG